CGGCGCCGCUGGGCGGCAGAAGUUGGCAGGCUCCGGGGCUUAGCAGCCAGCCCGCCCCAGCCGGAGCCGAGGCAGCCGCGGCCCCAAGCGCCCCUCGCCGUGGGGUGCGGAGGACCCAGGAGCGGAGGCUCGUGGAAACACCCCCCCCCCGCCGGGGGGAAGCGGGGAGAGCCCGGAUCCGGAUCCCCGGGCGCUCCUUGGGAACCCCGCCCGGUGCCUUCGUGACAGCCCAGGAUGGCCACGCCCUGGUUGCUGCUGAUGUCUGUGUGGCUCCCGCUGAGCCUUCUCCCUGCGUGCCAAGCUCAGGAGGCCCGUCCGUCUGGGUGCGGCACGGACCUGCCCUCGCUGUACUAUAACCUCUGCGACCUGUCGGCGGCUUGGGGCAUCGUGCUGGAGGCGGUGGCCAGCUUUGGGGCAGUGAGCAGCUUCGUGCUCACCAUCAUUCUGGUGGCCAGCCUGCCCUUUGUGCAGGACCCCAGGAAGAAGAGCCUGGUGGGGACUCAGGCGUUCUUCCUCCUGGGCACUUUUGGCCUCUUCUGCCUGACCUUCGACUUCAUCGUCAAGCAGGACUUCUCCACCUGCGCCUCGCGGCGCUUCCUUUUCGGGGUCCUCUUCGGGAUCUGCUUCUCCUGUCUGGUGGCCCAUGCCCUCACCCUCAACUUCCUGGCCAGGAGGAACCAUGGGCUGCAGGGCUGGGUGACCUUCGGCGUGGCCCUGCUGUUGGCCCUGGUGGAGGUGAUCAUCAAUGCCGAGUGGUUGCUCAUCACCCUGGUGAGGAGCAGUGGCCCCUCCCAGGACCCCUGCGCCGUGGCCAACGAGGACUUUGUCAUGGCGCUCAUCUUUGUCAUGUUCCUCCUGCUGGCCGCCUUUGCCACCGCCUGGCCCGCCCUCUGCGGCCGCUACAAGCACUGGAGGAAGCACAUUGUCUUCAUCCUCCUCACCACCUUCCUGUCUAUGACCAUCUGGGUGGUCUGGAUCAUCAUGUACCUCUACGGGAACCAGCAGAGGGGGGGCCAGGCCUGGGACGACCCCACGCUGGCCAUCGCUCUGGUGGCCAACGCCUGCGUCUUUGUCUUCUUCUACAUCAUCCCUGAGGUCUCCCACGUGACACGGCUGGGCCCAGAGCAGGCCUACGAGGACAACAUGUACCCGACCAGGGGCGUGGGCUACGAGACCAUCUUGAAGGAGCAGAAGUCCCAGAGCAUGUUUGUGGAGAACAAGGCCUUCUCAAUGGAUGAACCAUCCUCAGCCAAGAAACCGGUGUCGCCUUAUAGCGGGUACAACGGUCAGCUGGUGACAAGCGUGUUCCAGCCCACGGAGAUGGCUCUGAUGCACAAAGGGCCCUCCGAAGGCACCCACGACGUCAUUCUCCCCCGGGCCACCGCCAACAGCCAGGUGAUCAGCAGUGCCAACUCCACCCUGCGCGCAGAGGAUGCCUACAUGGCACAGAGCUGGCACGCAGCAGCCCAGAAAGAUGGCAAGGGCGUCCAGGAACUGGCUCAUUUCUAGACUGUCAGAACAAUCAGUUUGUUUAUUUAAACCAAGGCCCGGACUCGGGCGUGUGACAAAGUGAGAGGCCAUUGGACAAACCCCUGCUGACUCCAACUCGGCCAUGUCCAGGGGAAUUCCACGUCUAAGAUACGGCUGUGCCUCUUGGCUGCACCCUGAUCUCCAUCUCUCUGCUGUAGGCUCCCUCUCCGUACAGCAAGAGCAGAUGGUAGAGAUGCACGCCCUGGCUCCUGCAGCUCUAGAAAUCACCGGCGAUCCCCUUCCUCCAAAGAGGGAACCUGUCUCCUUCCCCACCCAUGGACAUUCAAGCCAAGGCCAACAAUGGGAACUGAUCCUGGAGCCUCCAGCCAGCCCAGAAGAAGAGAGAAAAUCCAGCUCCUUCCCCACCCAGCCGUCCCCAGAGGGAACCCAGAGACUCUGCUAAACACUGGCUUGGCCCUUACCCCUGCUAUGCUAUUGAUCCUCCUGCUGGGGAGGCUGGACUACACAGGCUGCCUAUGGGCUGGGAUGCUCCAGGGGCUGCUGAGGUUGGGUCCAAAUGUGGGAACGGCCCUUCCUGGAAAUCCACCGGGGUCCCCCUUGGCAGUGGUCACCCUCCUGGCAGCGCCUCGUCCCCAUGGGAAUCACCUCUCAGCUGCAUGGGCCACGUUAGCUUUGCUGCAGCACCCACUCUACCCGCUGGCUCCGUCGAUUCACUCCCUGUCCCCUCCUGAAGCCCCAGGACAAUCUGCCACGCGGUGUCCGGAUACAGGAGAACCACCCACAAGUCGCUGCGGCCGGAGAGCGGCUGCAGGCUUCGAAGGCAGUAGCUUCACGUGGGAGACGGGCGAGCACCUCUGUCUGAUGGAGCCUCCGCUUGCAGAGAGCUGAGCUGAGCAGGUCUCGGCUGGGACCUGCCUUGGACAGAGCCACACAGAUCUCCCCGGCUGUUGCCCUGGGUGUGGGGCCCUCCAGGGGCUGCGUGGCGUUCCCUGCCCUGGAGCCAUGCCCAUUCAGCCCGGCAUGGAAGAAGCGGGUCCCAGGGCUGGCAUCCUCCACAGGCCCUGCCCUGGGGUCCAUCCUUCCUGUUGCAAAGCCCGUGUGGUAUCUUCCCCACCACGUCUUGGUGCAGGUUCUGGCUGGGUCCCCGCCUGGCUCUGAGAGGCGUUCUCUUGGGAAGCCCCCCAGCUGACGUGGGAGACCACGUGGUGCUUUCUCCUGGGCAUCUCCGUCCUGGGUUUGGAGAGCAAGGUGCAUAGACGUGUUUGCUCACAGACCUGCUGUAUGGGAACUGUCGGUAAAGGCUGACCCCUCUGCAGCAACUGCUGUCUGUUCCCCUGCCCCAGCCGGGGCUCGGAGUGGGGGUCUCCCCAGCCAGGUGCAGAGUGGGGCCAGCGGCAGGACCCAUGGAAUGGCAGCAAGUGCCCCAUGCACAUGUGUGGUGACUCUUGGGGCAGCUGCUGCAGCUGGGUGUGUGCUGUGUGGGGAGCUGGCAACAGUCUCCCAUGGGGGUGGGGGAGCCCCCGAGUGGGCUGCCACCAGUGUGAAUGUGCAGGUGGAGCAGAACUGGGGUUGGGGUCCUGUCCCCCUCCCACCCUGUGAGCGCCCUGCGCCGCCAGCCAGAUGCUCUGAGACCUGCUGUGGCCUCCCAGGGCUUCCUCUUGACUUCAGCCGUCCCGGGAUCCCUUCCCUCCUCCACCAUAGGCAUGGAGCUGUGGGGCUGGGGUCAGAAUGCAGGCUGGGGAGCCAGCAGCACCACAGCUCUCACCCCAGCCCUGACUCCUGCUGUGCCUCAGUUUCCCCCAUCCGCCAAGUGGGGAUGAUGGCACAGAUCCGCUUCCCAUGCCGCUGGCUGCGGAGAGGGCAAGUGAUCUCCUGGCGCAGAGUGAGAUCAGAGGCAAGAAACAGGCCAUGGUGUGGGGGGAGGAGGAGACUGAGUGGGGAAAGACAGAGAUCCAGCAGCUGCCCCUCCCCCCUCUGAACAACCCUUUGGCCUCUUCUCUGGCCUCUUCUCCAGCCUCUGAGAGCGACGCACUCAGGGCCUUCCUUCAGGGACUGUGAGAUCAUUUGGUUUUUUAAACUAUCCUGCAAACAAAUAUAUUGGAUGAUGUGGGCGUGGCCAGUCCCUCGGCCAUCUUUGGGCUCUGACAUGCAAAGGGCCAGAUUCUGCUCUCAUUCGCCCCAGCGUCCAGGGGGAGCGAGUCCACAUCGGUGUCAGCAGCGGCGUUCCGGGAUCACCCCAGUGCCGCUGAGAACAGGGAUCAGCCUCCCCCGGGCUGCGUAUGGAGCACUGAGCUCAGCUGCACCCAGAGCCACGGUGGGGUGCAGGGGCACAGGGGGGCGCUCGUGCUGGAGCCAGCGAGCUGUUGACUCAGAUGUUGUUCCCCCUCCCCCAGCGCAGAACUGUCCCUUUUUCUUUUCAGGUGACUUUUGGCUUUUUUUCGGUCAUUGUGUGUGCAGAAUAAAGCUGAUUUUCCCUA